AUGAGCGAGCGCGUCGACCCUUUGGACCGAACGGAUGCAGCGCAGAGCGAAGCGUCGCCCCCCGCGUCCGAAGUCAGUACAUCGUCCGUUAAGGUGAAGAGCACGAGGAAGAAGUGGAAGGUCAAGCAGCAGCAGAAGGGGAGGGGGAAGACGGAGCAGGUGGUAGACGCCCAAGCAGCAGUUGGCGACGACGUGCUCGACGGCAGUGUGGAUGCAUUUGAUGGCGCGGGGUUCGUUAUGGUGAAUCUGCGGAAUGAGGUCGAGGAGAUGGCGGUUGUGGCUACGGACGAAGGGUUUGCGAGUGUUCGAGUCGUUGACGUCGAUCAGAAGGAGGAGGAGAAGGAGGAGGAGGAGAAGAAGAAGAAGGCGAAGGAGGGAGAAAAGCAGGUGAAGCGACGGAAUAUGAGGAAGAAAACGAAGAAGAAGAAGAAAGAGGAGAAGGCAUUGAUAGAAGAGGGAGUGGUUCAGGAGAUGUCGAAGGAUGCAGGGGAGGAGAAGGUGACGGAGAAGAAGAAGAAGAAACCGAAGAAGAAGAAAGAGGUGAAGACAGUGAAAGAAGAGGAAGUUGCUGGGGCGUUGUCGAAGGAUGUAGGGGAGGAGAAGGCAGUGAAAAAAGAUGACGUGACUGGGGCAUUGCCGAAGGAUGCAGGGAAGGAGAAGGCGACGGAUAAGAAGAAGAAAAAACCGAAGAAGAAGAAUGAGAAGAAGACAGUGAAAGAAGAGGACGUGAAAGAGGCGUUGUCGAAGGAUGUAGGGGAGGAGAAGGCAGUGAAGGAAGAGGACGUGAAUGGGGCGUUGCCGAAGGAUGCGGGGGAGGAGAAGGUUGCGGAGAAGAAGAAGAGGAGGAAGAAAAACAAGAGGGAGAUGAAACCGACGCAGCAGUUGCUCGAGACGGUGGAAAGUGCUGGAGUGGAGAAAGUUUUGGUGGUGGGAGACGAGAAGAAAAAGAAGCACAAGUUGAAGAAGAAAGCUGUUGCUAGAAAAGUAUCUCUAGGCAGCAGGGAUGUUGAAGAGAAACAAGAGGUGACGACAAGUCGUGCUGAAGACGAAAUGAAUGCAACUGAUGUUGUUGCGAAGAACAACAAGGAAAGAGUGGAACACGCGACUCAGCAGGUGCAGCAAGUGGAAGGGGACAAAGUUUCGUCAUUGCAAAACGAAAGCGGAACGAGUAAGAAGUUGAACGUCAAAGCGCGAAAAAAUGCUCGUGAGCAUGGUCCAGUGACUUAUACGGAAUAUCUAGACCACGACGUGGUGAUUCGAGGAUUGGAGAUGGGUAGCUUGUUUCAAGGCAAGCUACGCGUGAACCCGAUGUACCGCAUGGACGGAUACGUCACGGUGGACGGAUUGUCGGUGGAUAUACUCAUCAAGGGAAUGGAAGAUCGCAAUCGAGCAUUCGACGGUGAUUUAGUAGCUGUUCGAUUGCAUCCGGAAUCCGCAUGGAAAUCUCUGAACGACGAUCGCGGUAGGAAAGCAGCAUCAGAGCCCAUGUCUUCGACUGCCGGGGUGGACCAGCGUGCAUUGCACUCGCUGUGGCUCCCUAAUGUGCAGGUCGAUCAGUGCUUCCCGGCACGCACGCCAGAGGAUGAAGUCUCUGUCGACAUGUUGAAACAGACGAUGACCCGCCUAAAUGAGCACGUGAUCGAAGCUCGCAAACGUCCGGUAGCGACUGUGGUUUUUGUCCUAGCUCAAGGCAAUGCAAACGGUUUCGUUGGAUCUCUGGAAGCGAAAACCAAAGUAAAAGACUUGAGCUCACCGUUGCCAAGCGAUGACAACUACGCGUACUUCAACGCCGACGACCCCCGUCUACCUCGACGCAUUCGGAUUCCGAGGCUGCAACUUCCUGACGAGUUUGUCAGCCGCCCUUUGCUGUAUUCAAAUGCGAUGCUCUGCUGCUGCCGAAUCAAAGCGUGGUCGACUAAACAUCAGAGUCCAACGGGUGAGUUUGUCAAAACGGUCGGAGAGUACACAGGGAUCGAAACUGGCAUAUCGGCAAUCUUGUUCAAGCACGGCUUGCAAGCGCACACAGCGGAUUUCGACAGCUCGAUCUUGAACGAGUUGGACGAAAAAUAUGGCGCAAGCGGUGAAAAAUGGGAGAUACCGAGCGAAGAGCUUCAGAACCGACGAGACUUCCGCGACACGCAAAUCUUCAGCAUCGACCCAUACAAUGCGCGCGAUUUAGACGACGCAUUGCACAUUCGUGUCCUUGACGAUGCCCGCACUAAAUUUGAGAUUGGCGUCCACAUUGCAGAUGUGACCCACUUCAUCGAGCACAACUCACUACUGGAUCGUGAAGCCCGAUCACGAGCCACUAGCGUGUAUCUGGCCAACCGUGUGCUUCCGAUGCUGCCUCGCAUAUUGUGCGAGAAGCUGUGUUCGCUUCAGCCGCAGGUAGAUCGACUAGCGUUUUCAGUCGUGUGGCAGAUGAACUUGGACGGUACGCUUGUUGACGGUGUCGAUCCGUGGUUCGGAAAGUCUGUCAUCCGCUCAUGCUGCAAGCUCGACUACGGCUCAGCGCAAAAGAUGCUUGAUGGAGCUAUCACCGAAAAGCAUGUGGACGAGUGGGAAGAGGACCGACGUCCAAUUGCCGAUGCAAAUCCCAACAUCACUGCAGCCACAGUGAUCCAGAGCGUCAAAGAUUUGUGGAGCAUUGGCGAAAACCGUCGCGCGAUGCGUUUCGAGACAGGUGCAGUGAGUUUGAACGACGUGAAACUUGUUUUCUCGCUGGAUGCAAAGGGAAACCCCACUCGGUACGGAUCGUAUGAGCUGAAGGACAGCAACCGGUUAGUGGAGGAGUACAUGCUGCUAGCAAAUUACCUCGUUGCUCAGCAAUUGCUUCGUGCGCACGGUCCGCUAGCGUUCUUGCGUCAUCACCCGCCGCCAGUCUCGCGGUCACUGGAUCAGACGCUAGAGCGACUAGAUGAGAGCGACGUCAAGCUGGACGGAAGAUCGACAAAGCAGCUGGCAGAGUCCCUGGAGCGCGUCCGUCAAGACCGUGGCGAGGUUACAUUUGCUGUUGUGCAAGCGUUGAUCAUCAAACCCAUGAAGCCCGCUGAGUACAUGGUGGCCGGCAACGGUGCAUCCCCUGAUUCGUGGCGCCAUUAUGCUCUGAAUAUUCCGUACUACACGCACUUCACGUCACCUAUUCGCCGCUACGCCGACGUUGUCGUACAUCGCCUUCUGCAGGAGAGCUGUGUGACUGGUGCAUCUUCCUCCAACGAUGAUGCAUCGAAAUACGCCGAUGACAAUUCCAGGAUGGCCGAGUACACCUCAGUCGCCCAAAACUGCAACGAAAAGAAGAUGACGUCCAAGAAGGCGGAAACGGAGUGUGACAAGGUGUUUUUGUGUGCGUUUGUGCAGCACCAUGGCGAUAUCGAAGUGACUGGCGUCGUGCUGGGCACGGGCCAGAAGAGCUUCACCGUGUACAUCCUGGAGCUGGGUUUAGAGCAGCGUCUUUUCCUCCAGGAUAUGCGUCUGGUCGGUUCGUGGAAUGGAAAGAAGUCGGAGCUUUCGAUCCGAUUGCCAACGGGGUCACAGGCGAUGCAGGAAAAACGAGAGGUCUGUGUGGAAACCGGCCAUGAGGAUACAUUGGACACGAGUGCAGAGCAGAAGGCGUCCGGGAUGGUCAAGUUGACAUUUAUGAAGCAGCUUCGAAUGCGCAUGUCGACGACGAAAAAGAUGCCACUGUCACUGACCUUCUCAGUGAUUGCGGAGAAGACGGGCUAG